AGCCCAAACACCUUCAGUCUAAGGGCUGGGGCUAAGGGAGAGAGGAGCAGGAGGGCCCAGUUUGGCUGUAAAGAAAAAAAACUCUACCGUUUUGCACUUAUGGCUUUGUUGUAGUAACUGAAAUUACCAACACACCGUUCUUUUUCUGUAUUUGUGGAAGGAAAAGGACCUACAUUUUGUACUGAAAAGUCGCCCGUUUUUUUUUUAGGAGCUUUGAGUAGCUGAGUGAGUGACAAUGGAGAUGAAAAGAUGGUCCACAAGGUGGAAAACGAAAAGCUGUCUGUGGGACCCCACUCUAACCACCAUCGUCACUAUCACUUUCCUUCUGCAAGCCGUCAAUGUCAAAGCAGCUGACCCAGUGGAUGUACUCAAGGCUCUGGACUUCCACAGCUCCCCGGAUGGCGUCCGUAAAGUCACGGGCCUCUGCGCUCACCGGAGAGGAUCUAAACCUGACAUAGCCUUCCGCGUAGGAAAACAGGCGCAGAUCAGCGCUCCCAGCAAGCAACUCUUUCCAGGAGGAGUGUUCCCAGAGGACUUCUCAGUGAUGUUCACCAUCAAGCCCAAGGCAGGCAGCCAGUCUUUCCUGCUGUCUGUGUAUAAUGAGAAGGGGGUCCAGCAGCUGGGUGUGGAGGUGGGACGCUCCCCUGUCUUCGUGUACGAAGACCAACAUGGGAAACCUUCCCCAGAGAAUUACCCACUGUUCAGAUCCAUCAACCUCGCUGACGGCAAAUGGCAUCGCGUGGCCAUCAGUGUGGAGAAGAAGAGUGUGACCAUCAUUGUGGAUUGUAAGAAGAAGCUGAGCAGGCCACUGAAGAGGAGCGACGGGGCAGCCAUCAACACUGACGGCAUCACUGUGUUCGGAACCAGGAUUCUGGAUGAAGAGGUCUUUGAGGGUGACAUCCAGCAGCUGCUGAUUGUGGCCGACCCACGGGCAGCGUACGACUACUGUGAACACUACAGCCCCGACUGUGAAACACCUCAUCAGGAGCAGCCACAGGCACAAGAACCAGAGGAUGAGUACAAUUCGUACGACCUAGAAUACAGUGAGGCCUACGACUACAGUGAAGGAGAAGUUGCCACUGAAACGGCCCCAACAGAAGGAGCCAAACCUGCACCUGAGGCUGCCGCUGUGGAUGCAGCCGCUGUGGAUGCAGCCGCUGUGGAUGGAGAAUACACAGCCUAUGACUACGGCACGGUGGACAGCGCUCAACCGGCUGAGAACCCUACAGACUCAACCUCUCCAGUCUUGAACUAUGACGAGGAAAUAGUUGAUGAUUACAUCACAGGUGUGGAGAAGGUUGACGCCGACCCUACGGCUGCCGCAGAAACCGGCUCAGACACCAAAGGUCCCGACCCCGGCGAGAACUCGUACGAUUUUAAGGAGUAUGAUCUGAAGGAAUACGGUGAUACUAAGGAGAUUGAUAUGAAACAGACAUACGAGUAUGGGGAUUAUGGCGACUAUGGCACUGGAGAGGCCAAACCCACCGCCUCUGUCUCGGCCUAUGAGGAUGAGUUUGGGCCCGGCAUACCCGCUGAGACCGAGACAGAGUCUAGUAUGGGAGGAGGAGGAUAUGGUGGUGAGAAGGGAGAGAAAGGAGAACCCGCCGUCAUUGAACCCGGGAUGCUGAUUGAAGGACCCCAAGGAGCCCCCGGCCAAGCUGGCCUCCCUGGCUCCCCAGGCUUGCAGGGUUCUUCUGGCCCACACGGAGAUCACGGUGACAGGGGUCCUCCAGGGCGGGCUGGUAUUCCUGGUUCGGAUGGAGUUCCUGGUCCUCCAGGUACCAUCCUGAUGCUGCCAUUCCGUGCUGGUGGAGAGGCACAUAAAGGACCAGUGGUCUCAGCUCAGGAGGCCCAAGCCCAGGCUAUCCUUUCCCAAGCCAGGCUCACCAUGAGGGGCACCCCUGGGCCAAUGGGAAUGUCAGGAAGGUCUGGGCCUGCGGGUGGACCAGGAGCUAACGGACAGAAGGGAGACGGAGGAGACAACGGACCUCAGGGUCCCAGAGGUCUGCAGGGUCCAACAGGCCCACCUGGGAAGGCAGGAAAGAGGGGACGUAAUGGAGCUGAUGGUUCCAGGGGUAUGCCAGGAGAGUCGGGGGGCAAGGGGGACCGAGGAUUCGACGGGUUACCAGGUCUCCCCGGAGAGAAGGGACACAGGGGUGAGCUGGGUUCCACCGGCUCUCCAGGUGCUCCAGGAGAGGAUGGCCAGAGAGGCGAGGACGGUGAGAUCGGACAACGUGGUCUGGCAGGAGAGAGCGGACCUAGAGGUCUGCUUGGCCCUAGGGGAUCACCUGGGACUGGUGGACAGCGUGGUCUCGCUGGACUGGAUGGCCAAGCUGGUCCCAAAGGAAACCAGGGCCCACAAGGAGAGUCGGGGCCUGCAGGACAGCAGGGGAUCCCUGGAUCACAAGGUCUUGUUGGUCCUCAAGGCCCGAUCGGACCGCCUGGUGAAAAAGGACCGUCAGGUCGUCAGGGAUUGGCUGGUCUGGCUGGUGCCGACGGUCCUCCCGGUCACCCAGGGAAGGAGGGUCCUCCGGGAAUUAAAGGAGGCGUCGGUCAUCCAGGUCCUCAGGGUUCUCUUGGCUACCCUGGCCCUCGCGGUGUCAAGGGUGCUGAGGGUGUCAGAGGCCUUAAAGGCGGCGGAGGAGAAAAGGGAGAGGACGGUUUUCCAGGUUUCAAGGGUGACAUGGGCAUCAAGGGAGACAAGGGAGAGCUCGGUGUCCUAGGAGCCAGAGGGGAAGACGGACCUGAAGGCCCCAAAGGUCGUUCCGGCCCCAACGGAGAGGCUGGCCCUAUCGGGUCGGCUGGAGAGAAGGGUAAACUUGGUGUCCCUGGAUUACCCGGUUACCCAGGAAGACAAGGACCUAAGGGCUCCAGUGGCUUCCCUGGAUUCCUCGGAUCCAACGGAGAGAAAGGAGGACGGGGUAUCGCUGGUAAAUCUGGACCCAGAGGACAACGUGGCCCAACGGGUCCCCGUGGUGGAAGAGGUGCCAGAGGACCAACUGGAAAGCCAGGUGCUAAGGGAACAUCAGGCAACGACGGACCUCCCGGUGGACCAGGAGAGAGAGGACCUCAAGGACCCCAGGGACCAGUCGGCUUCCCAGGACCUAAGGGCCCUAAUGGGCCCCCUGGUAAAGACGGAAUGCCUGGUCACCCUGGGCAGAGAGGAGAGACAGGUUUCCAGGGAAAGACUGGCCCCCCUGGGCCUGGAGGGGUUGUAGGACCUCAGGGACCAACGGGAGAGACCGGCGGCAUCGGAGAGAGGGGACACCCUGGUUCCCCUGGACCCCCCGGAGAGCAAGGUUUACCUGGAGCUGCUGGGAAAGAAGGAGGAAAGGGUGACCCAGGUCCAAUGGGUACGUCUGGGAAGGUUGGUCCGGCCGGGCUCAGGGGCUUCCCUGGACAGAGAGGUCUUCCAGGGGCGAAUGGUCCAGCUGGUUUGAAGGGAGGUGAAGGACCACAGGGUGCCCAAGGCCCCGUUGGUUCUCCUGGAGAACGAGGUGCUGCCGGUCCUGGAGGUCCCAUCGGUCUAUCAGGACGCACUGGACCCCAGGGAGGCCCGGGUCCAGCCGGAGAGAAGGGAGGCCCGGGAGAGAAAGGUCCCAUGGGACCAGCUGGACGUGACGGUAUCCAAGGUCCAGUCGGUCUUCCUGGCCCUGCAGGCCCCCAGGGGCCCCCUGGAGAGGACGGAGACAAGGGAGAGGUUGGUGAGCCUGGCCAGAAGGGAAGCAAAGCAGACAAGGGUGAACAGGGUCCUCCUGGUCCAGGAGGUCUUCAAGGUGUCAUCGGAGCUCCUGGUCCUGCUGGUAGUGAUGGUGAGUCAGGACCCAGGGGUCAGCAGGGUAUGUUUGGCCAGAAGGGAGACGAAGGAUCCAGAGGAUUCCCUGGGCUACCUGGACCCAUCGGACUGCAGGGCUUGCCUGGUACAUCAGGAGAGAAGGGAGAGAACGGGGACGUCGGCCCAAUGGGUCCGCCUGGUCCUCCAGGUCCCAGAGGUCCCCAGGGUUCAAGUGGAGCUGACGGUGCCCAAGGCCCUCCUGGUGGAGUGGGUUCUAUGGGAGGUAAUGGAGAAAAGGGAGAAAGUGGUGAAGCCGGCAACCCGGGACCAUCUGGAGAGCCUGGUGGUGGAGGCCCCAGAGGAGAGACAGGGGAGAAGGGAGAGUCAGGACCACCUGGAGCUGCUGGACCUGCAGGGGCCCGCGGACCCGGAGGAGACGACGGCCCCAAGGGCAACCCUGGUCCCGUUGGCUUCCCGGGAGACCCAGGUCCCCCUGGAGAGCCUGGAGUUGGUGGAUUGGAUGGCUUGGCUGGAGACAAGGGAGAUGACGGAGAGGCCGGUCAGCCUGGCCCAUCUGGUCCUUCUGGAGAAGCUGGGCCACCAGGGCCUCCCGGCAAGAGGGGGCCCAUUGGACCAGCCGGUACUGAGGGAAGACAAGGAGAGAAGGGAUCUAAGGGUGAGGCUGGAGCCGAGGGGCCUGAUGGUCAGACUGGACCUGUCGGACCCCAGGGGCCCUCUGGUAAACCCGGACCCGAUGGCCUGCGUGGAAUCCCCGGCCCUGUUGGUGAACAAGGACUUCCGGGUUCUUCUGGAAUGGACGGACCCCCUGGACCUAUGGGACCCCCUGGUCUCGCUGGUUUGAAAGGAACUCCUGGGGGUAAAGGGAGAAAAGGUAUGACUGGUCACCCAGGUCUGAUUGGUCUGAUUGGUCCGCCUGGUGAGUUCGGAGAGAAGGGAGACAGAGGUCUGCCUGGACCACAGGGAACUGGUGGAGGCAAGGGAGACAGUGGUGUUGGUGGUUCUGCUGGUCCACUUGGUCCUCCUGGACCUCCUGGUAUUCCUGGACCUGUGGGCUCUAAGGGGUCCAAGGGAUCAACAGGUGGAGCUGGCCAGAAAGGAGACACUGGUAUGAUCGGACCACCCGGAGCUCCUGGUCCUCCUGGUGACAUCAUCCAGCCGCUGCCCAUCCAGCAGGCGAGCAGGAAGAACAGACGGCAGGCGGAGGACGACGGCGUGCAGGGCGACGCGGCGGGAGGCAUGGCGGACUACGGCAUGGAGGCCACAGCGGACAUGGAGGACGUGUUCGGGUCCCUGAAUAACUUGAAGCAGGACAUCGAGAGGAUGAAGUUCCCCAUGGGAACACAGGACAACCCUGCCAGGACCUGUAACGACCUGCACCUCAGCCAGCCUGACUUCCCUAACGGUGAAUACUGGAUUGAUCCUAACCAGGGCUGUACUGGAGACUCCUUCAAGGUCUACUGUAACUUCACUGCUGGAGGAGAGACCUGUAUCUACCCUGACAAGAAGUCCGCUGGCGUCAGAAUAUCUAACUGGCCAAAAGAGUCUCCAGGAUCAUGGUUCAGUGAAUUCAAACGUGGUAAAAUAUUGAACUAUGUGGACAUGGAGGAGAACACGAUCCAGACAGUCCAGAUGACCUUCCUGAAGCUGCUCAGCUCGUCAGCCCGUCAGAAUUUCACCUACAUCUGCCACCAGUCUGUAGCCUGGUACGAUGCCAAGGCAGACGGCUACGACAAGGCUCUACGCUUCCUGGGCUCCAACGACGAGGAGAUGUCCUAUGAUAACAACCCCUUCAUCAAGGCCCUGUCGGACGGAUGCUCGCUGAAGUCGGGCUACUCCAAGACGGUGAUGGAGAUCAACACUCCUCGCGUCGACCAAGUGCCCAUCAUCGAUGUCAUGUUUAAUGACUUUGGCGACCCCAGCCAGCGGUUCGGGUUCGAGGUGGGCCCCGUCUGCUUCAUGGGCUAGGACCUGACCACCCCCUGAACCCUAACCCCCCCGAACCAGCUGAAGGACAGUGUUAGAGGGCUUCUGUUCCAUGCAUGCAUUGUACUGCUGACUGAGUACCUGACAUCCAUCAAUCACCCUGUUCUCUCCUAGACCUGACCUGGCCUUGUCUCAGGGGCUCUAAAAAAAACCUGUGUUUUAUAUCAUUGAUAUGAUCAGACCACCAGCAUCAGACCACCAGCACGCUGCCCUCCCCCAUUGAACAACAGGCCCCCCCUCUGCCCUACCCACUAUAGAACAACAUGCCCCCCCUCUCCCCUAUCAUAGAAGCAUUGUCCCAGGGGAAUACUCCUCGCCCUUGUAGGGCCAAUCACGUAAUGACUUUAACUUGUAACGAGAGGAAGUGACAUCAGGAAUAAAGGACGUUUGAUGCCGUGGACGGACAGUGGCGCACUUUCAGCAAACAGAGGGAGGACCCACUCGCCCCAACCCUCAAAAACCUCUUUUUCUCCUCCUUGUCUCCCCUCUCCUCACCCCUUACCUUGAUUAGAGGGAGGAUCCACUCACCCCACCCAAGCCCCCUUCCCUCCCCUCAUCUCACCUCUUGUCCUUACCCCUUUUCCCCCCAACCACCCUUCCUUCCCUGUCUCCUCCCUCCUCCCUCCCCCAGCCCAGCCUCCCUGUCUGGUAGCUCCAGUGCUGUUCCAGAUACAACCACAGAGGUGCUUUUGUGCGGAACACAGAACACCAAAGGUGCUACAACAAAAAAAAAGUGAAUUUUGCAAAAACUGUAAUUAUUAUUAUUAUUAUUAUUAUUUUGUACAAUACUGUUCUCUUUCUGAAUCCACUCUUCAAAAAAGAAACUUGCAUGUGUACCAAAGCUCUUAAUAUUAAUGUUUUAAUAAAUGUUGGUUUUAAACUAUAUAGAAAAUAAAUUUGCAAUAAAUAUAUUUGUUUGUGUUAAAUAUCUGUUGAGAAACAAAUGGGUAAGUAAGUAAUACUAGGUUGUUGUGUUUGGGAUACAGUGUAAUAUCAGCAAUACAAAUAAUUAUGAAGAAUCUCCUUUGUAAAUAUUGACCAUUAUAAAGCACUUACAGCAUUAUUCUCCCCCUCCAAGACUAUACUAUACUCUACAGUAAGGGUUAUAUACAUAGUUGGCUUAUAUACAGUAAGGGUUACUAAACCAAACUGGACUACAACCACCUCAAACCAUGUUGUCUCAUAACUGACUUGUUGUUGUUGUUUUAAACUAUUACUUCCUGUUUUGAUUAUUUGUGCCCACUAAAUCAGGAAUUUAAGAUUGCAGAGUAAUUUAAAAUGAGUAAUGUAAAAAUGUCCACAAAGCCAGUACAUAUGCACUCAACAAGCUUAUUCUGCCAGAUAGAUUUUAUCCCACAGAAUGGUAUACCUCAAUCGCUCUAUGUACAUUAAUGUUGAGAUGAUAUAGGAUGGAUAACAAAGCCUGUAUAUACCUUGAUUUGUACAAUUAAGUUAAUAUAUUUGGGCGGGGAAUUAUUUUUAAAGGAAAGAAAAAUACUUCUUGUCUAUUUCCUAACAGUUUGUGAAUGAUGCCAAAUAAAUUAGCCCUUAAUAGUUGGACCGUUUCUGUAACAGUAAUGAGGAAGUGUUUUCAUGUGCUUUUGAUGGUUGAUUCAUAUUAAAACUGGAUUCUGAACAAUG